CACUUUCUGUUUCAGGUAACCUACAGAGCUUUUACCCUUUUUAGUUUGAGUCGCCUACAUCCCAGCAAUAAUUUCAGGCUGUAUAAAUUAGAUUAGUGAACUAUCCUCAUGAGACAGCUUUCUCCAGUGAAUUAUGUGUCCCAAUCUGUUUAUGGCCAUAGACAUGAUCAGGUAGGCUACAAAGCUAAAUACAGCGAGUGUCGAUGAAGAUGACUAUAUUCCUCUUUUUAGUCAACUUUAGCAUGUGUUCAAAUACUUAUGAUACUCACUGUAAAUGAAAGAAAGGAAAUCCCUUGCAGUGUGCAGUGCACACACAAAGAAACUGGUGUUUGUGCACUGUAGCUGUUUAGGAAACUCAAAUGUUGUGGGCGGGGCUAGUUCGGUUGACAUCCAGGCUAUGAAUGCAUAAUUGCCUAUGAGCUGCUAGAAAUUCCUUCGGCACUCCCAGUUUAGGAGGAUUUGGUAGGCCUAUCAACAAGCGCAGUUAGUAGCCUACAGGGCCUUUUGAGUUUUGCCAUUUGCGGACGGUCCCUGCACACUCGCAUAUCUAUUCAUCGAGGAUCACUUGUUCUGAUGUUUGCCCGUCGUGUUUGCGUCUUCUCAUCUGAACUUUGCUUGAAUUUGAUUAAUGUUGGUACUUUACCUAAUAGUUGACUGAAUCGACUUCCUGGCUGUGACUUUGGACAAAAUCACCGUUUGAAAUGUUAACAUCAGCAACACUUCACCACUGCGCAAUUAUUUCUUCCAUUGUGUCUCUUCUGCUCACAGUUCCUCUUUGCGUUGAAAGUGGCAAAGCUUUGAUAUUACCGUUUGAGUACAGCCAUUGGCUCCACAUGCGCAUUAUUGUGGAGGAGCUUGCGGAACGGAACCACAGCGUUACAGUAUUGGUCCACUCGGCCUCGCCUUCUGUGAAAUCAUUUCAGGACGAGCGUGUAAACUUCACAAUUUUUCAGGUCCCUCUGGUUGAACACGAAGUGCAUGCCAUGUGGAAUGAAUUUUUUGAAAUACAGAUGUAUCCAUCUGCCUCGAAACUUCAGGUUAUUUUGGACAUGAUGGCAAUAAUGGACCGCCACAAUUCUCAUAACAACAUCAUCUGUGAUGGCAUUCUACGCAAUGAGGCGCUUAUGAAUACUCUGAGACAGUCGAACUUCGACGUGAUUCUGGCCGACCCUAUCAUGCCCUGUGGUGAAAUCUUAGCAGAUAUACUGGACGUGCCAUUCGUUCUGUCAUUGAGACUUACUUUUGGGUAUGUGGCUGAAAGGGAGUGUGGCCAGCUGCCAACACCCCCAUCUUAUGUACCUGCUCUCCCUGGGAAGUUGACAGACCGCAUGCACUUCAUGGAAAGGUUGCAGAAUUUUUUAAUGUAUGGCUUUCAUACUGCAUCCUUCUAUCUGUACAUCAAGCUGACUAGAAAUAAAUAUCUUAGUGAAAUCAGAGGUAAGCCAACUGAAUUUUGUGAUAUUGCUAGUAAAGCUGAUAUUUGGCUAAUCAGGACCUACUGGGAUUUUGAGUACCCACGACCUCUUCUCCCUAAUUUCAAAUUUAUUGGAGGUUAUCACUGCAAGCCAGCAAAGCCUCUACCAGCGGAUAUGGAGGACUUCGUACAGAGUUCCGGGGAUGACGGUAUUGUGGUUUUCUCACUGGGAUCCAUUGUCAAGAAUAUUACGAUGGACAAAGCGAACAUAAUAGCCUCUGCACUUGGACAGAUACCUCAGAAGGUAUUAUGGAGGUUCAGUGGGACUAAACCAGAGACACUGGCACCCAAUACAAGACUGUACGACUGGCUUCCCCAAAAUGACCUUCUAGGCCAUCCCAAGACCAAAGCCUUCAUAACCCAUGGUGGCACCAAUGGGCUCUAUGAGGCUAUCUAUCAUGGAGUGCCCAUGGUGGGCAUCCCUCUGUUUGGUGACCAGCCUGAUAAUCUUCACAUUAUGAAGGUGAAAGGGGCAGCUGUCAUUCUGGAUUUUAACCAACUGGAAAUUAAAGAUCUCGUGAAUGCCCUCAAGACAGUGAUAAAUGAUCCCUCAUAUAAGGAAAGCAUCAUGAGGCUCUCCAGGAUUCACCAUGACCAGCCAAUGAAACCUCUGGAUGAGGCAGUGUUCUGGAUCGAGUUUGUCAUGCGCAAUAAAGGAGCGAAGCACCUGCGCGUUCAGGCCCACAACCUCAGCUGGUACCAGUACCAUUCUCUGGAUGUUAUGGUAUUCCUGCUUGCCAUAGUGGGACUGCUCAUUUUUAUUGUAGUAAAAUCAUGUUGCUUCUGCUUCAGAAGGUGUUUUAUGAAAAGUAUGGUAAAAAAGAAAACAGAGUGAGGUUAUGCAAUUAAUGUAUUAUUAAACUCUUCAUUGCGGAAAAAUAUGCACUGUAGCCUAAUGUAGGACGGUUUACAACUUUGUUUAUUACACAUCAUCUAAUGUGUGAUAUGGAUUGUGUUUGUGUGUAAUCUGUGAUUUAUUUUAAAAUCAUAAAAAUGUUUUGAUGAUGUACUGUAUGAUUGCCUAUAAAAUGGAUGUCAGUGAAUGUAGGCCUACAUGUGAAAUAGCGUAUUGGAUGUGUUCAGGACCUAAGAGCCAGCUUAGGUAGCCUAGUUUAGGCCUACCACCUCAGAAAACAAUUGCUGGCUUUCCAGGUAGGCCUACUCAGUGUGAAGUUUGAGAAGCACUGACUUAGGGCAUUUUAUACUGAACAGGGUAGCCAAAUAUGUUAAACUUACUUACACAAUUUAAAUGUUAAUUUUGUUGUCUUUACGCAUUAGGCCUUUAUUAGGCCUUUUUGUUUAGUUCACAAUAGGCCUAAUUCAAGCAUUUUGUCAUAGACUGUUACAGUAGCCUAUUGCAAUUUAUGCAAUUGAUCAAUUGGUCUUGUCCUUAUAUGUCUGUGUGAAUGUUUCUUGUGAUUGGAGCCUUGUCUAAGAAAAUGUUCUGUAGGCCUUGUGUGACAAUAAAGUAUUAUCUUAUCUUA